AUGUCCCUCACACACCAGUCCCAGUCGCGGACCUGGCUCAGCCGUCGCUCCAAGCACCGUGUGUGGCUGAAGGAUGUUCAAUUAUAUGUCUUCUGUAGCGCAUACCGGCAGGAAAAUAUGCGGCAGAACAAGUCUGGUGCAUUUGAGAUUUAUUUUGACCGCGAGGAAGGAGCAAAAAGGUUCAGGGAAGUCUUUGCAUUGAGAAUGGCAAACGUCGAGUCGUCCGAGGAGGUUGAUAACAACGAUGCAGGGCCUUCUUAGACAACACACGGCUAGACUAUGUGUGCUACAUGGAAUGGAGUUCUUGGGAGCAAGUGGUCAAGCCUAGGCCAGUCGGAGGGGUCUCGCUGCAGAAGGCCGAUCCCGUCUUUGUCUGUCACUAUGACAUGACAUCACGGAUUCCACCUUCUCGGUUCACCAGACUUGGGCAUGAGCAUUACGGGGUCAUUUCGUCUAUUCAAAUCAGUUACGAGAGAGGU